UAUACCUACCCCUAGCCUCCUACCAGACUCUACGGUAUUAGAACUUCAUGCACUGAAUUGCUCUUUUUAAUGUGUUUAUGGGAACUCGGUAUUAUUAGGAAUUCACAUUCUCAUCCACAUUCUCUUGGUGAUCUCGAUGUAGUGACCAACUAUUUUCUUUAAUAGUUAAAUUUCUCUUUUCUUAUUAAAAUAAAUAAAUAAAUAAAUAAUAGUCAAUUUACCGGAGAGCGAUGGGCGGCGGGACAUUUCAAUCUCGGUUGUGUAUUCAUAUACGAGUUUAUCUUCGUCACACGCAGACUCUCUCUCUCUCUCUCUCUCUCUCUGAAACAAGACUGAAGGGGGGUGGGUAGCAAGAAGACAUGACGACAGCAGCGCGACCCACGUGGGCACCUGCUAAAGGUGGUCAGGAACAAGGAGGUACUCGAAUUUUUGGCCCCUCUCAGAAAUAUUCUUCGAGAGAUAUUGCAUCUCACACGACUGUAAAGCCCAGGAGAGAAGGGCAGAAUACUCAAGAUGAAUUGCAGAAACGAAACCUUCGGGAGGAGCUAGAAGAGAGUGAGCGGAGGCAUUUUUCCUCAAAAGAGGACAGAGAUCGGAGGAAGGGAGGUCAUCUUCUCUUGGAAGGAACAAAGAGAGAUGCUGAAGAUCGCAUUGUUCCUCGCAGCGUGGAUGCGGAUGAUUCAGAUGUUGAUGUCAAAAGUGAUGAUGAAAGUGAUGACAAUGAAGAUGACGGUGAAGAUGACACUGAAGCACUUCUGGCCGAGCUUGAACGAAUAAAGAAAGAAAGAGCUGAGGAGAAUCUUCGUAAGGAACGUCAAAGGCAGGAAGAGGAGCUGAAAGCUAAAGAAUCAGAGCUUCUUCGUGGAAAUCCUCUUCUUAAUAAUCCAACUUCCUUCAAUGUCAAAAGGAGAUGGGAUGAUGAUGUGGUUUUUAAGAACCAAAGUCGUGGUGAAACCAGGACUCCGAAGCGUUUCAUCAAUGAUACCAUUAGAAAUGACUUCCACCGGAAAUUUCUUCAGAAAUACAUGAAGUGAUAGGAGUUUUGGAUGAAUUGAGAGUGGAAACCCAUGUAAAUCUGAAUUGUUUUUUUUUGGGAUUUCAAUCAUUGUACUUCUUAGUUGUGAAUAUUGAAUGUACCAUAGCAGACUUGACUUUCUGUGGGAUAUGUCUGAUUUGCUAUGCAGAGUGAUACUGAUUUACUUGCA